GCUCCGCCAUCAUGCCAUUCACUGGCAAUAGACAGAGACCUGAAUUUUAGUUGUAGCUGCCAGCAGUGAGAGCUCUGCGCCUUUGCUGAGCCGUCUCUGGACUCAGUUCCUUUGCCUGCCCGUGAGAGGUUGCAGGAGCCGAGCUCCAAGGCUCUUUUCUCUUAAAACGGACUACGGUCCCGCGUCAGCGGCCUCAGAGUCCACGUCGGAUGCUGGGCGCCACCGUCCCCCUCGGACUGGGGUCUCACGACCGCUCCCAGGAGUUUCCGGAACCCCGCACACCGCGCGCUGCGGCCGUCACCCCGCAGUGUCCGAGGGAGUUGUCUCUCGGGCGCCCCCGCGGCAGGGAUGUCAGUGUCCGGAGCCCGCGCGCCUCUCCCGCAGCCUGCCCCGGGGCCUUUUAUAAGUAGGGGCCGAACUCUCACUAAUGUUUAACUCGGGGCCGAAACUUGUGAGCGGCGGGGCUGGACUCGCCUCUGGGUGGCUAGCCUGACUUCUGCCUGCCCUCUCCGCUGCAGACGCUCAGUUCCGACGAGACGCCGAAGAUGAAGACACAAUGGAAGGUGCUCCUGGGACUGCUGGGGACUGCUGCGCUCGUCACCGUCAUCACCGUGCCCGCGGUUCUGCUGAGCAAAGGCAGUGAUGCUACACCUAAUGGUUUCAGAACCUAUACUCUAAGUGAUUAUUUAAAAAGUACUUUUAGAAUGAAGUCCUACAACUUACAGUGGGUUUCAGACCACGAAUAUCUCUACAAACAAGAAAACAAUAUCUUGCUAUUCAAUGCCGAACAUGGAGAUAGCUCUGUUUUGUUGGAGAACAGCACAUUUGAGAAAUUUGACUACUCUAUAAAUGAUUAUUCAGUAUCUCCUGAUAGAAAUUUUGUUCUCUUAGAAUACAACUAUGUGAAGAAAUGGAGGCAUUCCUUCACAGCUUCAUAUGACAUUUAUGACUUAAAUAAAAGGCAGCUGAUUACAGAAGAAAAAAUGCCAAAUGACACGCAGUUGAUCACAUGGUCAUCAGAGGGCCAUAAAUUGGCAUAUGUUUGGAAAAAUGAUAUUUAUAUUAAAAAUGAACCAAAUGCGUCAAGUCACAGGAUCACAUGGACUGGGAAAGAAGAUGUAAUAAGUAAUGGAAUAACUGACUGGGUUUACGAAGAGGAAAUCUUCAAUACCCACUCCGCUCUGUGGUGGUCUCCAAACGGCACAUUUCUAGCAUAUGCCCAAUUUAACGACACUGAAGUCCCGCGUAUUGAAUUCUCUGUCUACUUUGAUGAGUCACUGCAGUACCCAAAGACUAUGCACAUUCCGUAUCCAAAGGCGGGAGCUGCAAAUCCAACUGUAAAGUUCUUUGUUGUAAAUACCGACAAUCUCACCAACCCAGUUUCUGUACAAAUCACUGCUCCUGCUUCUAUGUUAACAGGGGAUCACUAUUUGUGUGACGUGACAUGGGUAACCAAAGAAAGGAUUUCUUUGCAGUGGCUCCGGAGGAUGCAGAACUAUUCAGUAAUGGAUAUUUGUGACUAUGAGGCGUCCAGUGGAAGAUGGAAUUGCUCGGUGGGACGACAGCAUAUUGAACAGAGUACUACUGGCUGGGUUGGAAGAUUUAAGCCUGCAGAACCCCACUUUACCUCUGAUGGGAACAGCUUCUACAAGGUCGUCAGCAAUAACGAGGGCUACAAACACAUUUGUCUUUUCCAAGUAGAUAAGAAUCCCAAUCAGUAUUGCACAUUUAUUACAAAAGGAUCCUGGGAAGUCAUCAGGAUAGAAGCCCUUACCAAUGAUUACCUAUACUACAUUAGUAAUGAAUAUAAUGGAAAACCAGGACAAAGAAAUCUUUAUAAAAUCCAACUCAGUAACUACACAAAGGUGGCGUGUCUUACUUGUGAGCUGCACCGAGAAAGGUGUCAGUACUAUUCUGUAUCAUUUAGUAAAGAAGCAAAGUACUAUCAGCUGAGAUGUUCGGGCCCUGGUCUCCCCCUGUAUACUCUGCAUAGUGGCAGCAAUGAUACAGAAGUGAGAGUUCUGGAAGACAAUUCAGCUUUGAAAAAAAUGCUGGAGGAUGUCCAGAUGCCAAAAAAGGAACUGAACUUUAUUACUUUGAAUGAAACAAAAUUUUGGUAUCAGAUGAUCUUGCCUCCUAAUUUUGAUAAAUCCAAGAAAUAUCCUCUACUAAUAGAUGUGUAUGCAGGCCCCUGUAGUCAAAAAGCAGAUGCUACCUUCAAACUCAACUGGGCUACUUACCUUGCAAGCACAGAAAACAUUAUAGUAGCUAGCUUCGAUGGCAGGGGAAGUGGUUACCAAGGAGAUAAGAUCAUGCAUGCCAUCAACAGAAGACUGGGAACACUUGAAGUUGAAGAUCAAAUUGAAGCAGCCAGACAAUUUUCAAAAAUGGGAUUUGUGGAUGAAAAACGAAUUGCAAUUUGGGGCUGGUCAUAUGGAGGGUACGUAACCUCAAUGGUCUUGGGAGCGGGAAGUGGCGUGUUCAAGUGUGGAAUAGCCGUGGCGCCUGUGUCAGCCUGGGAGUUCUAUGACUCAGUAUACACAGAACGUUACAUGGGUUUCCCAACUCCAAAAGACAACCUUGACCAUUACAAGAAUUCAACAGUCAUGAGCAGAGCUGAAAAUUUUAAACAAGUUGAGUACCUCCUUAUUCAUGGAACAGCAGAUGAUAACGUUCAUUUUCAGCAGUCAGCACAGAUCUCCAAAGCCUUAGUGGAAGCUGGAGUGGAUUUCCAGGCAAUGUGGUACACUGACGAAGACCAUGGGAUCGCCACCAACGCCGCACACCAACAUAUAUAUACCCACAUGACCCACUUCAUAAAACAGUGCUUCUCUUUACCGUAGCGCCUCUGACAGAACAGCGUGCCACUUACAGUUUAUUAAGACCACUUUGUUCUCAUUAUCUUAAAACCACACUGUCAAGAUGAUCUUUAAAAAAGAUACUCAAAUCAAGAAGUUUAACGUUAAAUUUGUCCCCAAAUUUCAUAUCUACAACCCUAAGCUGGGACCACUGUCUUUGCAACAGAUUAUAGCCUUCCAAAAAUUUGAAUUACUCAGUCUGGCUUAUUAUUUAAAAUCAUUUCUACAUCAGUUGCUGAAACAAUUAUGAAUUGUUUUUUGGGAAGCUUUGCAUAGGUUUCCUGGCAGCAUUUUUUUUCCCCAAUGGACUAGUCCAAAUCUUGUUCUCUUCUUUGAAGAAAUGGCAAGAUGUAGGCAGUGAAAUCACUGAAGUGGGGGUGAGCAAAGACCGGUAGGGAGAGAAGCCUGCAGGGCAUGGCUGGCAACCCAGGGCCAAGCAUGCUGACCUGACCAGUCUGCUGUCAGCUCCUCUCAGACAUGAGCUGUUCACAGCCAGAAUGCCCAUUUUCUGAGAAAGACGAUUCAAACUGUCACAGGAAAUCAUCUAUGCAAAGCAUUGACUUCUGAGUAAAACCACAGCAGCUGAACAGACUCCAAGGAAAUGAGAGAAACUGCCAUCAGUGCAGGGCCCCCCAGGUGCCAGUAAUGGCUACAGGUGCUACAGAAACACAGCAGGGGUGAUGGCAAAGCAUUUUAAUCAUACUUUAACAAAACGCUGAUGUUUCCUCCUGAAAGAGGCAAAUUGGAGCUAGGAUGUGAACAUCAGCUUGUCCUGUUAAAAGA